AGACAGGCAAGUUGAAUCCUCACCUAGGGAAAGCAAGGGGUGGAGCUGAACAAACCUUUAUAGCCAAAUCUCCACAAACUUAGAGCAAAUAUCAUUUCUGGUCAAACAGCAAAAUGAGAGGCCUUGUGUUCUUGUGCCUGAUUGGAUGUUCUCUUGCAAACCAAUCUGUAUACUCUUGGAAUGGCCCGGGAGAGCCAAGCCAGCCUGAUCCAGGCGCUGAAAAUGUUUGUCUCACUGACACUGAAUCCUGUAGCUGCUGCCUUAUGCAAAAGCAGAUGAAAAGAAUGGAGAGUUUCUUCAACAUGAGCCUGAAUGAGAUGCGCAAAGGUCUGGAGAAAGCUGAAACUGCUCUGAACUAUGUGCGCUCCAGCCGCAGUGCCUUUUCAGUGGCACUGACUGAUACUCGUCGGUGCCUAAGUUCCAGCCGAGAUGAUAUGGUUGUGAAGUACCAGUAUAUAUUCAUUAACUUAGGUGAUGGCUACAAUGUUAGCACAGGCACCUUUACAGUCCCACGAUCAGGGGUCUAUUCUCUGGCUCUUACAGCAUACAGUGAUGCAGGUGCCCCUGGUGCCCUCCUGGCUGCCUGUGUUCGUUUGCGUAAAAAUGGUCGCGCAGUUGCAGCACUCAAUGAGUACAACACACAGGACCAGGAGGACAGUGCUACCGUCGUCCUGCCAAUACAGAUGGAGACUGGGGACAAGGUGGACGUGACUCUCCUUACUGGAUGCACCCUGUGUGAUGACAACAGCCAUUUCAACACAUUCAGUGGCUUUUUGCUUUAUGCUACAGAUUAAAAAAAAUGUUUCAUUCUCUGAUCUCACGUCUGUGUUUAGACCUUUACAUGAAUUCUCACGUUUUUUCAAAAUCAAGGCCAUGUAUCCGUUGGCUCCCAUAUUCAAUUCCUGAUCUGAUAAUCAUUUUGUUGGGUUUUCAGUUCAUAAUUGAGUUUCAGGUUCAACAUGGCUGCCACAGGUUUACUGUAUACUAUAUAAA